AUGACGAGGUGCCGCGAGCGGCAGCAGAUGCUGCUGAGGCAGUGCGGUGGCAGCAGGAGCGCCCUGCCGUGGUGUGCCAUCUACCGCCUGCGCGCCCAGCUGCCGCCCGCUGUCGUUGUCGAUGGCGGGUCGGGGUACUGCAAGUUCGGCAUGAGCAGCGACGGAUCGCCAUCCGGACGCAUCGCCACCUUUCUGGAGUUUGGAAACAUCGAGGCACCUUCCCUUGCCCGCCUGCGAGCCCUCUUUUCCUCUAUCUAUGCCAGCAUGCGAGCCAUUCCAUCCAACCACCCUGUUGUCGUCUCCGAACCUCUCGCCUUCCUGCCAGAAACGCGUGAGGCACAGGAGGGGAGGCGGCACCUGAGGGAGGUGACAUGUGCCGUGCUCUUCAGCGCCCUGCGCGUGCCCUCCAUCUGCCUUGUCGACCAGGCCACCUUGGCACUAUUGGCAGCGGGGGCAGCAUCAGGCGUGGUGGUGAACAUUGGCUUCCGCAGCACCACAAUACUGCCCAUCAUGCGCGCCCGCACCGCAUGCAGCCUGCUGCCCUUCUACUGCCUGCCGCUGGGCGCCAUGCGAGUCACGGGGCACCUCAGCCAGUUGCUGCACGAUGCGGGAAUCGUGUGUCAGUCCAUGUUCACAGUGCGCACCAUCAAAGAGUCGCUGUGCUUUGUGGCGCGCGACUUUGAGGCGGCAAUGAGGGGCGAGGAGAGGGGGGUGCGGGGCACGUGUGAGGUGCCGGGGGAGGGCGCCUUCACGCUCGGCAGGGAGAGGUUUCUCGCCCCUGAAGUGCUCUUCCAGCCUCACCUCUGCGGCCUCGGCGGCAGGGGCAUACAGCAGGCAGUGGCGCAGUGCAUAGUGGAGUGUGCCGCGCGGGUGAAGGCGUUUCAGGCGCAGCAGGACUGGAAGGCCCGGCACAGCCACACGGGAGAGGCACCGGCUGCAGAGGAGGAGAAGGAGAAAGGAGAGGAGGAGAAGGAGAAAGGGGAGCGAGUGCCUGCGGAGGGGCGUGGGGUGGAAGGUGCCACGGGGGAAAUGGGAAGUGGGGAAGGGGCAGCAGGGGCGGGUGGGGGGGUGUGGGGGCGAGUGCCUGCGCCGCUGUCAAGUGAGGAUGUGGCGGAGGCGAUCGGCACGGUGGUGGUGGCGGGAGGCACGUCUGCGCUGCCAGGGAUAGCAGAGCGGCUUCAUGUGGAGUUGCAGCGCCUGCUUCCCCCGCCCCUCGCUGACCAACUCUCUGUGAAGGCGGUGGGGCCGUAUGGCACAUGGAUGGGCGGCAGGACCGUAGCCACUGGGGGGAGUGCAGGCGGGUCGGGGUACUGCAAGUUCGGCAUGAGCAGCGAGGCAUCGCCUUCAGGACGCAUUGCCACCUUUCGGGAGUCUGGAAACAUCGAGGCACCUUCCCUCUCCCGCCUGAGAGCCCUCUUCUCCUCUAUCUACACAAGCAUGAAAGCCAUUCCCUCCAACCACCCUGUUGUCGUCUCCGAACCUCUCGCCUUCCUGCCAGAGACGCGAGAGGCACAGGAGAGGAGGCGGCGUGUGAGGGGGAUGACAUGUGCCGUGCUCUUCAAAGCCUUUCGCGUGCCCUCCAUCUGCCUUGUUGACCAGGCCACCCUAGCCCUGUUGGCAGCGGGGGCAGCAUCAGGCGUGGUGGUGAACAUUGGUCUCAACAGCACCACAAUACUGCCAGUCAUCCGCGGUCGCACCGCAUGCAGCCUGCUGCCCUUCUACUGCCUGCCGCUGGGCGCCAUGCGAGUGACAGGGCACCUCACCCAGUUACUGCACGAGGGGAGGGGGGGGAGUCUGUCCAUGUCCACUGUGCGCACCAUCAUGGAGUCGCUGUGCUUUGUGGCGCGCGACUUUGAGGCGGCCAUGAGGGGCGAGGAGAGGGGGGUGUGGGGCACGUGUGAGGUGCCGGGGGAGGGCGCCUUCACGCUCGGCAGGGAGAGGUUUCUCGCCCCUGAAGUGCUCUUCCAGCCUCACCUCUGCGGCCUUGGCUGCGGGGGCAUACAGCUGACAGUGGCGCUGUGCUUAUUGGAGUGUAUUAAAAGGGUGAAGGCGUUUUUGAAGGCCAGGCACGGCCACGCGGGAGGCGCCGCAGCGGCUGCAGAGGUGGGGGAGAGGGCGGAGGAGGGGGAAGCAGCGCCUGGGGAGGGGCGUGGGGGUGAAAGUGCGACGAGGGGGAUGGGAAGUGGGGACGGGGCAGCAGGGACGGGUGGGGGAGUGUGGGAGCGGGAAGUUCGGGAACCUGCGCCACUGGCAAGUGAGGAUGUGGCGGAGGCAAUCGGCACCGUGGUGCUGGCGGGAGGCACGUCUGUGCUGCCAGGGAUAGCAGAGCGGCUUCAUGUGGAGUUGCAGCGUCUGCUUCCUCCACCCCUCGCUGACAAACUCUCUGUGAAGGCGGUGGGGCCGUAUGGCGCAUGGAUGGGCGGCAGGACCGUAGCCACUGUGAGUGCUACUGGCCGUUAUUGUAUCACUGCGUUGCAACCGUAUGUGUACCCUAAAUAA